AUGCUUUUAUUGUUAAUGCUUACUACUAUCCAACAUCCAAAUCUUGCAUUAAACAUGGUUGUGGAUGCUAGAAAUUUUGAUAUUACGCAUGCAAACUACUAUGUUGUUGGUUCGAAUGGAACUCAUGAAAAACUGGCAAGGGCUGGUUCACAGAUAGAAGGAGUUAUCCCAUGCAGGUAUGCUCCGGCGAUGGCGAAAACAAACACAUUGGCAAAUAUGACAAAACUGGAAAUGGAGUCGAAUGGGACUCGAGUUGAAGUUCGCAUUUCUAUUGGAAAUACAAUUUUUACGGCUAAAUUUCAGAUUCCAUUCAAAAUGGCUCGUUAUACUGCUCCAAAGCCAGUCAUCAUAUGCAUUUCUCCCCAAUUCGUUGCAGAACAAUGGCAGAUUUUUAUGAUGCAUGUACAUGUGGCAAACAGAUUCGGAGGUCAUCUUCACAUUUAUCUCUCUUCAAUCAUCGAUUCAUAUUUCGAAUUAAUGAAAGAAUAUGAGAAACAAGGAUACGUGACCAUUGACUUCUGGCGUCGGAUGAAGUUUGCUCACUCUGAAACACCGUAUUUCGAGCCAAACAUCAACACGGAAUUAAGAAAUCAAGCAGGGGCUCAAACGGAUUGUUUGUUACAGUAUAAAGAAGCAGCGAAAUACAUUGCAUUCUUCGAUAUGGAUGAUAUUUUGUUUCCAAUGAUGUACACAUCUUACUUGGAGGAGUUCGAUUCUGAAUGGACAAUUCAACCGAAUGCAUCUUCUAUUGUGUUCAAAAGAAGAGAACAUGAAUUUGUGAAAGCGGAAUAUCUCUCGGAAUUCAGCAUGCAUGACAUCAUAUCCAGUCUGAAAUCUUCUCGAACUAUAAAAGCUGGAAAAGUUAUUGUAAAACCCCACUUGUACAACUCGACGUGGAUUCAUGAUAGUCAACACGAAGAUCCAAAAAUGAGGUAG